UCAUCCCUUUCCCCCAGGCCGGAUCUUACGCACGGAGGGGAGCGGGCCACGGAGCGGGCAUUCGGCUCUCCCGUUCCCCCCAACGGCUCACCGAGGAACUGGAGGUGUGUGCAACCCAUACCUGACGCUACAACCACAUUAUGUUUGGUUUGUCUUUGACCAGACCUGUGUUAGGACAUGCAGAGGAAGACAACACCCACUUUCAGAUCAGAGUGACAGAAAAGCACUCAACAACAUGGACCGCCUUGCCUACAAAUAUAUGGAGAUGUAUAUAGUGGGAGUCCAGCACUGAUUCUGACUCAGAGAUUAGUCGGAGAUGGUCAGACACCAGCACCAUGGGAUGCAUGAGCAGCACACCAGAGAGAGUCACUAUUCCUCAUCGGACUUUACCAUUGGUGCAUAACCCUGCAGGAAGGCAUGGUUGUUAUUCAAUGUUUUUGGACCCAUACGAUGGGAGCUCCGAGGACUCUGAUGAGUCAAACAUUGAUGUCAGUGUCAGUGCGAAGGGUAGCAGGCGACCCAGGCAGCCAGGAGGAGGAGGGGGCCGCAGCAGAAGAUCUAUGUUCCGUCAUCCUGCUUCUGUGGUGAAAAAUUGCACAGGAGAUAAAGUAACCGAGGAGCAACAUGUUUCGGACGUCCAGAUGAAAUGUGGAAGUGACUCUGAGCUUACAUUUGGGGGAUUUGGAGGUGGAACGUCAAAUGAUUCAGGGAAACACACAACGUCCAUGGAUUUAGAGCUGCACUGUCAGCUGAAGGAUUCAGAUCUGCAUGCUUCCGGAUCCUCCACACCUGGACCUGUUCCCCCAGUGGAAGUGGGUACGUUGCCCCAUAGCUCUUCUGAGAAACCCCCCUGCCACCUCAGAUCUCUGCACAAGAGGAAGCUGGAUCUUCCUGGAUUGGAUGUGCUGGAGUUGGAGCAAAGGAAGAAGCAAUGUUUGGUCAACAUGGUGGAUGAAGAACUAAAGGAAGUGGACUCUGCAUCUGAAGUGUGUUAGAGCCACAGUCCUGAGACUUUGAGAGUAGAGACGCCAAAGAAUCCUGUUAACACUUGUUUCACGAACACUAAGGUGCAGUUGAACACUGUAAAUAGUUAUCAGACAAUGCACUUUAGUUACACAUGCAUUUGGUGUUGAGACUUGAUUUAUGUAAAUGGUUAAAAGAGUAGUUUGAAAAUUUCACAUCAUUUAUUGUAUUUAUAAGUUUCACUUGAAGUUAUUGUGUUCUUGAUUAUUACAAAAUAAUGUGU